AUGGCCUCCAGUUCAGUAAAAUUCUUGAGUUUGAAUGCUGCAACUGCCUUCUUCAAAUUCCACCAGAAAUUUUUUAUGCGGUUCAAGUCAGGUCUCCAGGAGUUCUUCUGCAACCAAGCCUUGGUGGAAUUUGAGUUAAAAUCCAGGCAGGAAUACUAUAAAAUGGCACCUUUCAUAUUGAUCCUUUAUCUGUUGCAGUCAUCGUGUGCCUUCCCUAUGCACCUUGGACACAGGGGCAGUAACAGCGAGGAGGGAAUGCCUUAUGGACCAUUCAACAACUUGAACAUGCAAAUGCCUCAUGUUGGAUCUUUCUAUGGACUUGGCCUCCCAAACUACUCACAGAUGAUCCAGUUACAGCAUGCACUAGCCAAGCAACCUUUCUCAUGGCUUCAGCAAAAUGCAGCUAAAGAUCACAAAGAUACUAUUUCUCCUCCAAUGCCACGAUUCCCGAUAAACUCUCCACAUUUGGCACACCAUCAGCAGCCAAAGCAACCACCACUACCCAGUAUGCCCCAGUACCAACAUGUCACAAAGCAACCUCAGCCACCUCCUGCACCAGAUUCCCAGUUAACCCCUAUGUUUCCGCCAUAUCCUAGUGGAAUCAACCCAUUUCACCCAUAUUGGCAACAGGGCAACUACUUUGGAUUCUAUGGAUUUGGGAAUAGACCACCUUAUAAUUCUGAAGAAGCAAAUGAAGAUGAAGAACAAGCUAAAACCGAGAAAGAGCCCCCGAAAGCAGAGAGUCCAGUAACCGAGUCAAGCAAUGUAACAGUUGACAUAAUUUCAACAACAGUAGGCCCAAUCCUGGGAAACAAUGCCACACAUAAUACAAGUCUGGUUGGUGAGAACUCACAAAAUGUUAGACCAGAUGGUCAAAAUAUAUUACCAGCAGCUGGACCUUUUAUACCUGGUAAUAACAGAAGAAAUAUAGAGAUAUUAUCUAGUUCAUUCAGACCCUCACACAACAUAUAUAGGCCACCAUAUCAGCAGAAUAUUUUACAAAACCCCCAACAUAAGUAUUACACAGUUAACAAAAUUCUAGUAGGGCGUGGAGACAAUCCAAACAAUAUUCGCCCACAUAAUCACUUAAUCAAUAAAGCCCCCUUAACAAAUAGUUUUGAUUCUGGAAAAAUGCCUAGCCACAAGGAAACCCAGCCCUCUUAUGCAGCAAGAAAAACAGAUGUGUUGAGGCAAGGCCAUGCUAAUGGCUACAAGGGUAUUUUCCAAGAUCCUGGAGCCACGUUGUCAAGACAUGAAGAUGUUCAGCCACAUAGUGGUAGUACUAGGCCAUACCUUGGAGAUCCCAUGAAACAUUAUGAAAAUAGUCCAGUAAAAGAUCAUUCACCUUGGCAAGUUAACAAAAACACCUCACCUAACCAAAAAUUUAUCCUUGUCCAUCCACGAAACAAUGAACAUAUAAAUGAAUAUAAAAGACAGCCAAUUACUACAGAUCAUAAGCAAAAUAUCCCAAGGGGGCUGUUUUCUAAUCAGCAGCCUAUUCAACAUCAAAACAAGGGGAGUGAUCAGAAAAAUUAUGUACAGCAUAAUAAAGUCAAUAAUCGAGGUCAAAUCGGCAAAGUUCUAAAUAAGGAUAAUGGCUUUUUUAAACAAAGUGAAGUUCUUCCACCCGCAGGGGAUGCUACAUUUUAUGAGAAAGAUGGAAGAGUUUUUCAGAAAGUUAACACAUGGAACAGCAAACAAGGCAACACAGAAACUGUUAGAAUUAAUUCUGGGCCACAGCAGGAAACCAUUUUUAUUUUAAGUCCAAUUACUUCAAGUGACAACCCAGUGCUCCACAAUAACCCCCUGGGGCAAAGUCCAGCCAAUUCAUUGAAUAUUGAUUGGGAAAAGACAAUAGAUCAACAUGGAAACCCACAAUAUAACAUAUUGGGCCAAAGAAAUAUUGAUCUUUAUCCAGAGACUGAAUUUUAUGGCCAAGCUAGCAAUGUACCUAACACAGGAAAACAAUCUUGGGACAAUGGAAUAGGUUUUAAAAGCCCUCAAUAUGACCAGCUAGACCCAUUAGUGGAUGCUCAGCAUACCCCAGCAAAUCCAAUAAGUCAAGAUAUAUAUAUUAUCAAUGAUGGAGCUCCAACCAGUGAAAGAAGAUAUGUUCUAAUUUCCAAUCUAGAGUCAUCAAAAUACCCUGAGAAUCCCACCUUUGCUGCCAAUAGACCUUUGUAUCAAGUCAAACACUCCCCCAUGACCCCACACAAAGCAGUCAAUUCCUAUGAUUUUGUUGGUUAUGAUGCUUAUUCACAAACACAAAAUAAAAAUAUACCACAUGUGGCAAAUAGACAGUUUGAGACAACAGAAAGUGAGCAAUUUAAUAUUGGAAGUGAACUACAUCCUGAUCAGAUUGAUCCUAUUCAUCUACAACUAUCACCUUAUUCUGAAAUGCGUUCCUGGAGUUACAAUCCAGUUGAAUUUUCACAUUCUCGCACAAAUUAUGAUACUUAUCCUUCUGGUAUGAGAGGACAGCCCUCAUAUCAAAGAGAAAUGGGAAUAGACUAUGGAGGUUCCAGGCAUUACACCUGCACUCUUCCUAUAGUCGAUGGUGACCUAACAGGAGGACACACCAACCAAUUGCUAUAUGUUUGCUGUAAACUUUCUGAUGUGCAAUCAGGGACUCCUUCAGGACCCAUGGAAAGCCCCAAUGAUUUUAGAUUAACCCUAAAUGAAUAUAAUGAAUGGGUCCCAUAUCAAGAUAGAACUCACAGGCAACAUACAAGAAAUGUAAUAGAUUCUCCAAAUGUUGGUUAUAACCAGAACAGCAAUACACUAACAAAAGGCUGCAAUAUCACAAAUUACGAAAAAAUAAUGACUUCUGAAAGAGAACACCAUGAAACAUUACCGUGCUUAACUAAAGGAUGUCAUGACCAGAAAAAGGAACAUCCACAUUACAGUUUGGAUGUUAUUGACUCAAAACCAUGCAGUAGAGGAGAUUCGGACAUAGACCUAUCAACUUCUCCUAAGAAAAUUGCUAUGACUAUUGAAAAUACAGAAGGACGAUCGAUAAAUAUCCAGGAUGAUGGAUCACUUUACAGAAGAAUAGAGAAUGAUGUCUUGCCAAAUAAAGCAACUGGAAAAUUACUACGUAUUUUGACCUGUUCCAAAGACAGGCAAAACCAUACAGCUAAUAUUUUGAAAAAUGUAGGUGGAGGCAAACCAAGUGCAUUCUCUUUAAAGCAUGACAUUCCCAUUGAAGAGGCAACAACCGAUGCAGGUCUUAUUAGGCCUGAUGGGUCUUCUGUGUUGUACCAACCACAGGAAAGCAAAGUCAAUGCAGAUAGCAGUGUGCCAGAUUGUUUAGUACUUAACAAAUAA